AUGUCUUGGUUGGCACCUCUGAAGUGGGCUGUGGCAUUGUAUCUGUUGUCGUCUUAUAAAUCUUUGCCUGGGGCCUACUUCGUCAGGUUUUAUGCAACGAUCAUCCCGAAUAUUGUCUUCCCUUAUGUUACCGGCUUGAAGACUAAAAAUCUCGAGAAAUUGGCUGCUAAUAGACGUGCCUGUUUUGGAACUUUCACUGUUGCCACCUAUGCGUCGCCUUUUGAAUGCGAUUUUUACUUGCAUAAGAGCAACAGCACGUAUUUCGAAGAGCUGGAUAUUUACAGAAGUGGGUUGAUGACAAAAGUGUUCCAGAAACUGUUCUUGAAAUCGCAGCGUUGGCCAUAUAUUCCGGUGGCUAACGUUUUCACGAAUUUUCUCAAAGAAAUCAAGCCAUUUGAAAAAUACGACGUUAGCUCACGCAUUCUUUGCUGGGACGAGAAAUGGAUCUAUGUGAUGAGCAGGUUUACGAAAAAUAAUGGCAAAACGCUUUGCUCGCUGUCUCUUACCAAAUAUGUUCUGAAGGAUGGCAGAAAGACAAUUCCGCCUAAAGAGGCGCUGGAAUUCUGUGGUCUGUACAAUGAAGAGGUGGCAGAGAUUUCCGCUCAAAAUUUAAAACUACUCACCGAGGACUCUGGAUUCCACGAGACUCAUCAAUUGGAGGCGUUGGACGAGCAGUAUCUGCAACUUUAG